AUGCGCCUCCCCAAGUAUCUAAGAGUGAGCAUUCGGUCCCAGUUAAUUGGAUUGGUCUCGUUUGUGGCGACUUUCUCUCUCGCCUUCAUGGCCAUCAUCACCGGGGUUUAUUUUUCAAGAAACUUUUUGUCGCUUCGCUCUGAAAGACUCAGUGUUAUUGCAAAAUUAAAAGCCUCUCAAGUGGAGCAAAAUCUUCAGCUGAAUUACUACCAACUUUAUUGGGUCUCUACAAGGGAUACAGUCCAGAAAUAUGUUGCCAGCUUGUCGGAUUUCGGAGAAACCACUAAUUCCACUCUGGAUAUUGCUGAGUUAUCCGAAGGAGCAUUAGAUUACCUUCAGAAAUUCAUAGAUUCUUCAGAUACCUAUAUUCAGGCAAGACUAUAUGAUUUAAUGCUCGAAGAAGUGGGACUGGUUAGUAAUAAUGCGUCAUCUUACGCCUCCGAAGUGAUAACUCCAACAAUUUCACUGUCAUCAUCAAGCUCGCCAAGACAUACAAAGAGCAGCUCAUCGUCAUCUAGUUCCCCUGCUGCCACAUUGACCUCACAGAGUCCAUAUAGCAACAACACUAAUUAUACAGUCUCUAUUGUUGGGUCAUACUCGCAGGCUUCGCUAGAUGAGCUUUACAUCCUCAAUCCAAACGUCACAUCUUUGCCCACCAAUAUCAUCAAAUCAGGGGUUAUUUCAGGACCAGUUAUGGAUUCUCAGUCAAAAAGAUUUGUCAUGUCGUUAACUCUACCUGUGUAUCCAAACUCCUCUGUCUCAUCAACUUCAUCACUAAUUGCUGGUUACAUAACUAUUAUUUAUUCUGCAGAAGCUUUACGAUCCGUGAUUUAUGAUAAUAGUGCCGUGGAUAAUGGAAGAAUUUUACUUUUACAGGGUGGAUACAACUCAUCUCUAGUUAAUGAAGGAUAUCCUGCCAACUCCAACAGCUCCACAAGCAAGAAUGUACAGAUUCAAAAGGCGGUCAAAGCUUCAAACUUAAAAAGUUCCUCUUUGGUUAGAAGAGCUAAUCCUAAUGAUGGUACGACCAGGAUUGUUACCACUCCAACAUCUUCUACUAGAGGCAGCAGCACUACUAGUCGUGUUUCAACAACUUCAAGUUUCUCGUCAUCAUCAUCUUCAUCGUCAACAUAUUCUUCAAUAAUCGCUGCUGCAACAACUAUUGUCAUCGGUAACAGUACGAUUACGUUAAGCAAUGCUUCAUUACUGACUAACACAUCAUCAUCAUCUUCAUCUUCUAAUUGUAGCUCGUCAGAAUGUAGCAGCUUGCCAAAAUCCAUUGUUACUGAUUAUUAUUCUUCAGAAAACAUCAACUAUAUCAAAUACGUCUUUCCACCGAUGAGCACUUUCUCAGAGUAUGUUUUAGGUGUCUAUUUCAGAAUUACUGAGUUCCCUGUCAUUUUAACCUGUUUAGUGGACGCAGAUGAAGGAACCAAAAGAAAAACAAACACACCAGAUGGAAAGAACAUGGCAGUCGGUUACAGCAAGAUUGAUAGUAACUUGGUGGAUUGGGCUGUUUUUGUUGAACAAGAAAGUUCUGUGUUUAUGGAACCAAGCGAUAAACUUACAAAAAUUAUCGUGGGAACAGCCAUUGGACUUUGGAUCCUCAUGUGUAUCAUAACUUUCCCUAUUUCUCACUUUGCGGUUCGACCUAUCACUAGAUUAAAGGAAACUAGCGAGGUAUUUUCGUUGAGAAGUGGCGAGAAUGUGAAGAAUGCAAUGUUUAAUGGAAAGCCGGAAGAUGGUUCGAAUGGAAGUGCAACAGGAAAUGGUUAUAAUCAUAAAGAUCACUCAACCGGAAAGUUUUUCAGGUCUUCAACUUUAACAAAAUAUCUUGCUCUUGGCAAUAUUCUUCACCGUCGCAUUAAGAAGAGAAGGGGGCAAAGUGAUAGUAAUGAGAAACUCUUUGAUCGAUUUAGUGGAACGGAAAUAAAGUCAAAUGAUAAUAAAGUAUCCCACUCCAAGGCGCCUGACCAUAUCGUUAAUCACAAUGAUAAUGAGCUGAUGGACGUUACAAAUACUAGUAAUACUGAUUCAAACACGAAAUACCCAUCACAAAGCUCCGCUAAUGAACAAAACGGAGUAAGUAGCGAUAACUCACAUUCUCUCACCCUUAUUAAAUCAUUACCCUAUAGUAAUAAACAGCUUGGGGUUUCAAGGAAAGAUUUAGAUGAUACUCAGAAACCUCCUAAUGAAGAUUAUCAUUACAUCAAAGACAAUACGCCGGAAGACCCUGCCGUUCUUGGCUCGAAUUUGUUUUCUUUAAAAUUCUUGAAUCAAAAUAAGUCUUUCACUUCCUUUUUCAAUAGAAAACAGACUGGACUUGCCGUUAAUGCCAUAAAUGGAAAAGAAUUUAAAGUUGAUACUAAAGAGCGUAGCGUUUUCAAUCCAAAAAGAUAUAUCUUUGUGAAGGAUGAAUUAACUGAGUUGUCUCAAACUUUUGAUAAUAUGAGCUAUCUCAUUAGAAGGCAAUACUCUGACUUGGAAGACAAGGUCCUUGAAAGAACUAGAGAGCUCGAAAAAGCCAAAGUUGAAGCUGAAAGGGCUAAUGAAUCCAAAACUGUUUUCAUUGCAAAUAUAUCGCAUGAAUUAAGAACUCCUUUAAAUGGUAUACUCGGAAUGUGUGCCAUAGCAAAGGAGGACCUCAAACAAUUACAAGAGAAUUUUAUGGAUUCAUUGGAGUACCAAGGCAGAAUUUGCAAAGGAAAGAAUUGUGAACAAAUUGGUUGUGAAAACAGUGAAUUUUCAUUAACUGACUCAAAGAAUACUAUUGUUAAUGUUAUCGAAUCAUUGUCGUUAAUUUACAAAAGCGGUGAUUUGUUGUCUCACAUGCUUAAUGAGUUAUUGACAUUUUCAAAGAAUAAUUUGAACCGUACAAGAUUGGAAUUUAAGAAGUUUAUGUUGUUAGAUGUGAUGAAGCAAAUUAAAUCAAUUUUUCUUAAAAAUGCAAAUGAUUCAAGAGUUAAUUUCUCCUUGACCUUUAAUGGUCCAGAUGAGAAUAAUGUGAAUUCCAUUAGAUUUGAUGAAUUCAAACCAAUAUUUACUAGUGAGGAGAUUGAUGCUAUCAAAUCAAAGUAUGUUGAAGGUAGUGACGAGUUUUAUAAACAGAGAAAUAAGAUCAUUGUUACAAGAAUGAGAAACUUCAUCUUAUUGGGGGAUGAUAAUAGAAUUUCCCAGGUAUUGAUGAAUCUAGUUUCAAAUUCUCUAAAAUUCACUCCUGUUAAUGGCGAAGUUAAAUUAGAACUUCGUCUUGUGGGUCAAUGGGAUGAAGAUAAAAGCAAGUCCUGUAACUACGAAGAAGUUCAUAUAAGACAAGUUAAUGAUUUUGAUGACACUGAUUACUCUGAAAACUCAUCAAAUAGAAAUAGCAGCCAAAGUAUGAAGAGGAAAAAUGGUAGUACAAAUGUUUCUGUUAAUGGGUCUGUGCACUCCUUUAUCGAGAAUUUCCAAGAAAAUUUGGAAGAAAAAAGGCUUGCUGGUUUACCAAUUUCCACUGCUGCUUCUAAUUUCAUCACUAAAAGUAGAAAGCAUCCAAUAUAUUGGGUGUUUGAAUUUGUUGUUUCUGAUACUGGCCCUGGGAUUUCUCCCGAAUUACAAACCCAAGUGUUUGAACCGUUUGUUCAAGGUGAUCAGACUCUAUCAAGAUCAUAUGGUGGUACUGGCUUGGGAUUAUCAAUUUGUAAGCAAUUGGCAGGCCUUAUGCACGGGAAAAUUACUUUGAAGAGUGAAAUGGGGAAAGGAAGCAAAUUCACUUUCAGAGUUCCAAUAAAGCAAACAAAUGAGAUAUUCUGGGUCGAUAAGAAAGAUCAAGCAAUUAUUUUUGAUGAUGAGUUUAAUAUCAACAACAAUUUGACGAAACAUUUCACUUGUGACCCACUAGCAGAGAAUAUCAUUAAUUCUACUGCGAAAGACCACCUGAAUCAUGUGUCUUCCACUAUUGUUAGUAACGAUGUCGAUACAGUCAAUAGCUUAGAUGAAAAUAAUACGAAUUUCAAGUUGCUUUUGCCAGAAUUAAAAGUUGGGGAGCUGGUUAUUGAUGGUGAAAAUAAGAAUAGGCAUUCCAGAAGACUUUCUGUUUCCUCAGCGGUAUCAAUCAAGAGAAGUGGAUCUAUUAAAUCGAAGGCAAAACUGGGUCUGACUGCGUCUGAAUCUGAAAGGGGAAUGCUUGAAAAACCAGCUUUUGUUACUAGUAGCUCCACUGGUACGGCUCAAUCUUAUAAUGGGUUUAGAAAUGGGGGCACUUCACCAGCCAGCCUGAACAAUAUCCUGAAUCCUUUCAAUUUUGUCAAUAGUCCAAGUUAUAUAAACAAGUCAAAGGGAGUGACGAGUGAAAUACCAUUGAGCAAUAACAGAGGCACGGAUAAAGAUGAGAACAAAACCAAUAAGUUGCGAAGAACUAAUAGUUAUGGUCCUUACGAUGAAUUUCUAGGGACUUCUCGGGGUGAGCAUGAUGAUAUGGGGAGUCACCGAGAAGAUCUUAAAGCCUCCAGUGCCAGCUUUUUCAGCCAAACAACACCACCCGUUAGCGGAACUACUCAUAGAAUUGGCUCUGGAAAAUUGUUAGGUGAAAGAUUCCCACUCAAGAUCCUUGCUGCUGAGGAUAAUUUGGUAAAUCAAAAAGUUGUCCAAAGAUUACUCAGCCUUGAAGGAUUUAAUAAUGUCUCUUUGGCCUGUGAUGGUGGUGAGGCAAUAGAAUUCGUUAAACAGUCAUUAGCAGAAUAUGAAAUGAAGUCCCUCAAUAAUCAGGAUACAAGUUCAACAAUUUAUGAUAUGAUUUUUAUGGAUAUUCAAAUGCCUAGGGUUGACGGUCUUGCUGCAACUAAGUAUAUAAGAGAGGAGCUAAAUUUCAGAGGUCCAAUUAUUGCUUUGACUGCUUUAACCGAUGAUAGCAAUGUCAAACACUGCUUAGAACAGGGAAUGGAUUCAUUUUUGGCUAAGCCCAUAAGAAGAUCUUUGUUGAAGAAGUUAAUUCUUCAACAUUUAAGAUCCAUCAACGGUGACAUCAUUGAUGCCGUUUUAACCCCAAAUGAGGAGAAGGAAGUGAAUUGA